AUGAAGACACAGAGACCAGAGUCUCCUGGACCCAGCUGUCUGUCCAUGAAGAGUGACCGGUCCAAAGAUCUCGCAUUUACCUUCAAAGAUGGACCUCCUGCUGAUGGAAGGAUGAAGACACAGAGACCAGAGUCUUCUGGACCCAGCUGUCUGUCCAUGAAGAGUGACCGGUCCAAAGAUCUCGCUUUUACCUUUAAAGGUGGAAAUCCUGCUGAUGGAAGAGUUCAGCAGAGCUCAGAGGAUCUCAGUGAUCACCCAGACCAGCAGCAUCAAACAGACCUGGACUCCAUAUUUAUGCUGCUGGAGGAGAACAUCAUCACCUUUGUGAAGAAGGAGCUGAAGAGAGUCCAGAGGGUUUUGAGUUCAGAUUACCCAGCAUGCUUUGAGGGUCAGAGGGAGGAUGAGGAGGUUUUAGAUGGUGAGGAUGAAGAGCAGAGGAGGAGCAGAGAUGCUUUUCUGAAGAUCACUCUGCACUUCCUGAGGAGAAUGAAGCAGGAGGAGCUGGCUGACUGUCUGCAGAGCAGUUCUUAUGAUGCAGUGUGCCAACGUAAACUGAAGUCUAACCUGAAGGAGAAGUUCCAGUGUGUGUUUGAGGGGAUCGCUAAAGCAGGAAACCCAACCCUUCUGAAUCAGAUCUACACAGAGCUCUACAUCACAGAGGGAGGGACUGGAGAGGUCAAUGAUGAACAUGAGGUCAGACAGAUUGAAGCAGCAUCCAGGACACCACACAGAGCAGAAACAACCAUCAGACCAGAAGACAUCUUUAAAGGCUCACCUGGAAGAGAUGAACCAAUCAGAGCAGUGCUGACAAAGGGAGUGGCUGGCAUCGGGAAAACCUUCUUAACACAGAAGUUCACUCUGGACUGGGCUGAAGACAAAACCAACCAGGACAUCCAGUUCACAUUUCCCUUCACUUUCAGAGAGCUGAAUGUGCUGAGAGAGAGAAAGUUCAGCUUGGUGGAACUUGUUCAUUACUUCUUCACUGAAACCAGAGAAGCAGGACUCUGCAGGUUUGAAGAGUUCCAGGUUUUAUUCAUCUUUGACGGUCUGGAUGAGUGUCGACUUCCUCUGGACUUCACAAACAAUCAGAUCCUGACUGAUGUUACGAAGUCCACUUCAGUGGAUCGGCUGCUGACAAACCUCAUCAGGGGGAACCUGCUCCCCUCUGCUUGCCUCUGGAUAACCACUCGACCUGCAGCAGCCAAUCAGAUCCCUCCAUGGUGUGUUGACAUGGUGACAGAGGUCAGAGGGUUCACUGACCCACAGAAGAAGGAAUACUUCAGGAAAAGGUUCAGAGACCAGCAGCAGACCAGCAGAAUCAUCUCCCACAUCAAGACAUCCCGAAGCCUCCACAUCAUGUGCCACAUCCCGGUCUUCUGCUGGAUCACUGCUACAGUUCUGGAGGAUGAGUUCAAGACAGGAGAGGGUGAAGAGCUGCCCAGGACCCUGACUGAGAUGUACAUCCACUUCCUGAUGGUUCAGACCAAACGGAAGAUCAUCAAGUACGAUGGAGGAGCUGAGACUGAUCCACUCUGGAGUCCAGAGAGCAGGAAGAUGAUCCAGUCUCUGGGAAAACUGGCCUUUGAGCAGCUGCAGAAAGGAAACCUGAUCUUCUAUGAGUCCGACCUGACAGAGUGUGGCAUCGAUAUCAGAGCAGCCUCAAUGUACUCAGGAGUGUUCACACAGAUCUUUAGAGAGGAGAGAGGACUGUACCAGGACAAGGUGUUCUGCUUCAUCCAUCUAAGUGUUCAGGAGUUUCUGGCUGCACUUCAUGUCCAUCUGACCUUCACCAACUCUGGACUCAACCUAAUGGAAGAAGAAGAAGAAACAACAUCCCUGAGAACAAGAGAAAACAAACCUGCAGAGGCACGUCUCUAUCAGAGUGCUGUGGACCAGGCCUUACAGAGUCCAAAUGGACACCUGGACUUGUUCCUCCGCUUCCUCCUUGGCCUUUCAGUAGAGACCAAUCAGACUCUCCUUAGAGGUCUGCUGACACAGACAGGAAGUAUCUCACAGACCAAUCAGGAAACAGUCGAGUACAUCAAGAAGAAGAUCAGUGAGGAUCUGUCUGCAGAGAGAAGCAUCAACCUGUUCCACUGUCUGAACGAACUGAAUGAUCAAUCUCUGGUGACAGAUAUCCAAUGGUCACUGAAAUCAGGAAGUCUCUCCACAGAUGAACUGUCUCCUGCUCAGUGGUCGGCUCUGGUCUUCAUCUUACUGUCAUCAGAGAAAGAUCUGGAUGUGUUUGACCUGAAGAAAUACUCUGCUUCAGAGAAGGAUCUUCUGAGGCUGCUGCCUGUGAUCAAAGUUUCAAGUAAAGCUCUGCUGAGCUGCUGUAACCUCUCAGAGAGAAGCUGUGAAGCCCUGUCCUCAGUCCUCAGCUCACAGUCCUCUAGUCUGAGAGAGCUGGACCUGAGCAACAACGACCUGCAGGAUUCGGGAGUCAAACUGCUGUCUGCUGGACUAAAGACUCAGCACUGCAGACUGGAAACUCUCAGUUUGUCAGGCUGUCUGAUCACAGAGGAAGGCUGUGCUUCUCUGGCCUCGAUUCUUAGCCCCUCAAGUCUGAGAGAGCUGGACCUGAGCUACAAUCAUCCAGGAGAACCAGGAGAGAAGCUGUUGACUGCUCGUCUGGAGGAUCCACAGUGCACACUGCAGACACUGAGGUUGGAACAUAGUGGACCGCACAGACUCAAACCUGGUCUGAGGAAGUAUGCCUGUGAGCUAGAACUGGACACAAACACAGUGAACAUAAAACUCCAACUGUCUGACAACAACACGAAGGUGACACAUGUGGAGGAGCCUCAGUCAUAUCCUGAUCAUCCAGACAGAUUUGAUGGCCACCCUCAGCUGCUGUGUAGGACUGGUCUGACCGGUCGCUGUUACUGGGAGGUCGAGUGGAGAGGAAACGUUAAUGUAUCAGUGAGUAAGAGAGGAAUCAGACGGAAAGGGCAAAGUGAUAAUAAUGUGUUUGGAUGGAAAGAUCACUCCUGGAGACUGUCUUGCUCUGAUGAUAAAGGCUACACUGUCUGGCACAAUAAAGAAGGAACAAACAUCUCCUCCUCCUCUGUCUCUGACAGAGUAGGAGUGUAUGUGGACCAUCCUGCUGGCACUCUGUCCUUCUACAGAGUCUCCUCUGACACACUGACCCACCUCCACACCUUCAACACCACAUUCACUGAACCUCUGUAUCCUGGGUUUGGGCUCUGGUCUGGUUCCUCGUUGUCUCUGUGUUCUCUGUAGGUCAGAGAAACACUGCUCACUGAAGGUCACUUGCUUUUCCACAGAGUUAAGCUCGGCUUCCCUGUGCUCCUCACCACUCAUUGUUGCCACGGCUCUGGCAUAAUAUCUGGGUU